GUAUCUGUUGAUACAACGUCGCUAUCACAUUCAACUAAAGGACCUGGAAGGAAACCCAUGAAGAAUUACAUUGCUGGCCAGUAGUGUUGAUUGCCAUAAUGUUGUUGCAACUAAGACUGUUUUCUUUGGCAUUAUUACUUUUUGGAAUACUUCAACUAUCUGGUGCAUGCAAUAAUGGGGAUACAGUUUGGCAAGCGUGGUCACCUUGCACAAGAAGUUGUGGAGGAGGAACACAACGCAGACAUGGCGACUCUUGUUUUUGGGGAAUAGAUGAUGACGAGGAUAGGAAUUGCAAUGAAUUUUGUAGACAUGGUCAUCAUUAUUACAACGACAGGUGCCAUUGUCCGUCAUGGAGAACAGGAACAUGUUGUGAAAAUUGCCGACUUAUAUACAUAGCUAACUGUAUUGGAGACAACAAAGAAUGUGGAGGAAACCCUGACAACAUCAGAUGUACGAAAUGUUAUGAUCCUUACUACUCAGGAGGAUAUGGUGCUGGAUGCUUAUUGUGUCCGAGGAUAACAAACUGCAUCAACAAUAAACAUCAUUGUACAAGUCCAUACGAUACGAAAUGUCUGAAAUGUGAAAGUGAUAAUAUAUUUUACAAAAGGACACGUUCGGGAAAGCAAUGUGAACGUAUGUGCUCAUUCGACACCCAUUCUUGUUGGCCUGGCACGUGUCAGGAUGAGCUAACUACAAGUUGUAAAUGUGCUCCAGGAUUCUACCCAGUACAAAAUGGAACCCAUACAAUUUGUCAACUGGAGGAAGACAAUACCCCGUCAAUUCUAAACUGUCAAACUGAAAUUCGUGGGACAAAUGGAGAUGCUACACAAACAGGUGCAGGUCAAUGUCAAGAUCUUCCAGACUUGUAUGGAAACUUUCUACCAACGUUGCUCUCAUUUACAAUGAUGUCAGAAUUUACGAUUAACGUCACAGCUUGGGUACCGAGGCCAAAGUAUAUUCACGAAGAGAAUUUUGGAAUAACUGAUACAUCUGUUUCUACAAAACUAGUGACUAUUCAAGGCAAAAAAGACCCCGAGACUAUCGAUAAGUUUAUUCUCAAAAAGGAUCAAAGAAAUGGUCAAGAAGCAAAGUCGACGGUCGAAAACAAGAACAGUUAUACUUUAUCAGAUACAAGAUACAAUCUAACGAAUGGGCAGAGAUUGUGUAUUGAAUUUGAAGCUUUGGGUGGCGGAUUCCGGGUGACAAAAGAUUUCGAUGCAAAUACUUUGCAAAUUCCAAUACCAUAUAAAAAGACAAAUGCUAAAGAGACAAUUUGCUACACUUUUGAUGAUGUUAAACCGAGACAUUGUCUGGAAGAUAAGGCAUGUCCAUAUACAGAACCUUUAAAUGUAUUUAACCGAAUAACUCGUUCGCCAGAAAUAGAGUUGUUGUUUGAUGGUUGGAAUGAUCCUAUUCCUUUAGGUGGUAACUCUUCACAUGCCUCUGGUAUCGAUUUGCACGAAAUAAAUGUGUAUGAAGUAUCAAAUGGGACAGUUUCUAUGCAAAACGCGGCGUAUUCAAAGAUACUUAAUUCUAGUACUAUAACAAAACAUAUAAAGUUUACGUUACAAUCCAGUAAUCCAAAACUUUAUUGUGUUAUAUUGGGCGUCAAAGAUGUUGCAAAUAAUGUUCAAUAUUCCCGGAGAUUUUUCCUCUUUGAUAACUCGUCUUACAUUUCUGUUGAUGAUGGAAAAUCAUUAAAGGUUACUUCAGCUUCAAGUGAUAUGAAAUUUAAAUGGCAAACCCACCAUAACAAUAUAUGUAUUGAUUGGAAAAACUACUUUUAUAACAAGUUAUAUUUAGAUAACCCAUUUCUAGGUAGAAUCAAUCCAGACUCAAACGGUCAAAUUUAUGGUAUUUAUGAACAAGAGGAUGGCAUUUUACCUGUGAACGGAACUGAAAAUAUAUUUGGAAUAACACAGUUUUAUUUUCAUAUAGUCUUGACAAUGGACCGAUUUCUUCUGAAAAGCUAG